AUGUUUACUGCUUGGAAAAGACGAUCGCGCGUGUCGCCGACGUUGAGUUUAGUAAUCGGAAACUCUCGUGAGUUGGUGCACCGGCUCGACGUGGCCGGCGACGGCUGCACGAGUCGGGGCUCAACCAGCACGCUGACUGGAGAAAAACAGCAGAUGAAGCUCGUGCUGGAGAAGGCAACAGACGGACAGAGCAACAUUCAGAGCAUGGUAAAGAUGCUGGUAGUAGUUCUCAUCCCUCUGGUGGCCCUGACCGUCAUGUCUGCCCUGUCCCUGUCAUCGACCGUAUCUCAGCUGCAGGACUCCCAAGCUGCUCUAGCGGCCAUCGAUAGUGGUGAGCGGAUCACGGCAGUGAUCCUCGCUCUUCAGGUCGAGCGAGGCCUCACUGCAACUUACGUCAGCGGGAAUCGAACAGAAGAGGGAGUGAAAGAAACACUUAGGCAAAAGCGAUCCGUAACAAAUCAGGCAAUUGAAAACAUCAAGGUGUUCUCUGCAUUGAAUGUCUCCGGUAAAGUAUACACAACAAAGGAGAGACUGACGAAUGACAUUAAUGAUUACAGGCUGCACGUAGAUUCAAAGGGCAGUGAGUUAGCAAUCACACAUCCUAUAAAAUUCUACACAGAUAUCGUUCGACAGCUGUUGACUGAAUCCUUCAGACAAAGUACAAACCUCAUGGAGGGAACACUUUGGCCUCGCAUCGUCUGCAAAGACAAUCUCCUCCUCCUAUCUGAUCUCUACGGCAUACAGAGGGCUCUCGGAAGCAGCUUCUACGCCGGUUGUUCCCUCCGGCCGGCAGACCUUGACUGGUUCCGAAACCUUUACUUUAGCAGCGAAAGCCAGAUCCAGACGGUAUUCUUGUACUCGGCAACGGCAGCCGUCACAUUCCGGGAACUUGUGCGCUUGAAGGAACCAAACGGGCCCAACAUUCUCACGAUGCGAAACGAAAUCCUGAGGGGAGGGAAUCCAUGUACCGACUACGGCGAAAUCGAGGCCUCACGACGGUCUGAGUACUGGUUCGAAAACAUGACAAUCUUCAUUGAGAUUCUGGCGGCGGUAAUCCAAGAGGAAUCAGAUUUCAUCGGACUGAAGGUAGACGAGAUCAUAGCUAGUGCCUUGCAGGCUGUGGUGGGGAACGUUGCCGUGCUGGUACUGACUAUCGUGGUAUCAUUGUCACUAGCCAUUUUUCAGCUGGUUCAGGCGAAGCAACUGCUUCGAAAGAUCGGCCACUAUGCCCGAAAUCUCAGCGAGAAAACGAAAGAACUCACCAAGGAGAAACGAACCACCGAGAAGCUGCUGUAUCAGAUGAUGCCUCGCGGCGUGGCCGAUAAACUGCGACAGAAGCGACAAAUGGUCGCUGAAGAGUUUGAUAACGUCACCAUCUACUUCAGCGACAUCGUCGAGUUCACCAACUUGGCCGCAAGAAGUACCCCAAUGCAGAUUGUAGAGUUUCUAAAUGACCUCUACAGCACCUUCGACAAUUACAUCGACAUGUACGACGUGUACAAGGUGGAGACGAUAGGCGACGCCUACAUGGUGGCCUCGGGCCUGCCCGAACCUACUGAACACCACGCCUGUGAGAUCGCCUGUAUGGCGCUGGACCUGCUAAGGGAGGUCCAGUUGUUCCGGAUCCCACACCUGCCUGGGGAAAACCUUGGUCUGAGAGUCGGCUUGCAUUCAGGUUCAUGUGUCGCAGGAGUUGUUGGCAUCAAGAUGCCUAGGUAUUGUCUCUUCGGGGACACCGUAAACACCGCCUCACGAAUGGAGUCUACUAGCAGAGCUCAGAGAAUCCAAAUAAGCGCCAGCACAAGGGAACAGCUUCUCAACAGGACAAAUCCACCAAGGAGGAAGUUCGUGAUUGUCCCCCGCGGAUCGACAGCUGUCAAAGGGAAGGGAGCCAUGAGAACGUAUUGGCUGAGCGAAGAGCCACGAGACGAUGUUUUUAGCUGCCGACAAAUUCAUUGCUCGACUGUCAUAUGCGACGUGUCAUUAGCCCAAGAGGACAUUUAAAUUGUUUUUUUAUCGUUAAUGCAAAACGUGUGCUGCAGGCUGUAAGGAAGACCGAGUAGGAACCUGAUUGAAACCCCAUUUGGUCACCAGAAGGCUUGUAGACAAGACCCGAAGCACGCCUUGUCUAUUGUUAUUUAGUGUUUACAUGAGAUCGGCACUUUAAAUGCAGUCCGUUUGAAGCAUCCUGGGUAUGAAGGAUACAUCUGCUAAGUGAUAUUUCUGAGUGGCAUAUUACGGAAGAAAUGUCGCUCGUGAAAACUGUCAAUCUUUUCUUUUUCCAACUGUGAGGAACCGGGAAUUUGAUUGUUUCACGUUUCUCUGCUCCCUCACUAUUUUGUAAAUAUUGUUGUUGCUGUGUUCUUUGAUAAGCCACAAAAUAAUCUAAGUGAUCACAUGAAGAUGUGAACAAAUCUGUAUGCCCUUUUGACUGCUAAUGACCGGGGUAUAUAUAGCUUUAGGCAAACAAGAUAACACCGUAAGUUUAGUAAUGCUAAGUAUCCUGUUUCAAGAUAUAUAUAAUGGGUGUUCCAGAAAAAAAACCCUGAGG